AUGCCAAAGAAAGAGGUGGAAAACACAGAUGAGGGUAAUAUGAUGGACGGAGAAAUGUCCGACCACGAGUCGUUGGAGCCGAAGCUCAAGUACACGACGGGACGUCAUGCAAAGAAGUACGAGACCUUGAAGGCAAAGGCGAAGUUUUAUUUCGUGCUCCAUAUGAUCAAGAACGGGGAGAAGCGAACCCGCGGAUCAAAGACUAUCCAUGCCUAUCACAUGGUCCCCCACUUUGCGGUCAUGCAUACCGACUCAAAAUACACCUCAUCCCAAUGCGCUUGGCGCGGCAAGACGACACAUCUCUUCGGCUUUGGAGCUGGGUUCGUCGCCUAUAUCGCCAGAAAUCUAAGAGCUCCACCCGCAGCCAUGUUCCUUCGCUUUGAAGUUGUCGAGCAGGUGCUAGCCAAGUCGAUACAAGAUCAAGAACAAAAAGACAUCACGCUUCUUGACUUCUACAUCACAAUUUUUAACGUCCACACUGCAUUCAGUGUUACACUUCGUCGCUUCGACACAUACGCCUACAGCAUACGUUCGUAUACUACACUCUCACUUGCGCGCGCCAUGGGUAACCGAGACUCCGACAACACCGCUCCAAGCAGUGCGACUCCACACACAGGUGCGACCGACGACGGCGAGCCCUCGGGGCGCGAAUUCGACCGCCGGAACUUCAAGUCCAUUCGAGGCAUAUCGCGCGCAGUCUUAGAAGAAACAACACUCGAUCUCGUCGAUCCUGAGAGGACGUUGUCCCCUGGCAGCUGUCGUGUUACACGUCGGACGGAGGGAUCGUUCCAUCAUGCAGUCUUCUUGAGGAUUGAGCGCGAAGAUGAAGUUCCGCAGGAGUAUGUUCUCAAGAUACCUGCACACGGUACACCGAAAGAGUGGGGUAUGAACGACCGUAUGAUGUUGGAAUGUGAAGCUCAGUUACUGAAGCAUAUCCGCCACCAUACAGACUGCCCAGUACCAGAGGUUGUCGCAUACGACGGCGGCCUAAACAAUGCGAUAGGCGCGCCGUACAUACUCAUGAAGAAGAUGGAAGGUAUGGCGGCAACGGAUCUGUGGCUCGGUAAACCCUAUAGGAUGUUCAAAAGUGACGAUCUGCACCUUGAGGCCGACGACCCUUCGCAGGAGGUCGAGCAAAAGCGCGUUACCUUUCUGCGCUCACUUGCGCAAGCGAUGAGCCAGCUCGCCACACUCGAGUUUCCGUAUACUGGCGUCCCUAGCUACGAGUAUCCGGAAGACAAGAACCCAAAGUUCAUCGCGCCGGCCUGGCGGUGGCACUGCAAGAUGAACAUGGAAGAGCCGACGUCUUAUGGAUCAUUCGCGUCCAGCGAAGCCUUUUUUGCUGCUGGCCUCGACAGACUAUGCGAACCCGAGAGCCCUGUUGAUAGUGAUGGGAUGACAGAGCUUGGCGUUCAGAUAGUGAUGAGGAUCAUACUGUCUUCGGCUCCGUUCAAGCCGUCCACGUCCUCACAGGGUGAAAUCUCUCAGGCUGGGUACGGUAGCCACACCGUGCCGGUACGCGAAACAUUUGUCAUCCGACAUGAUGAUCUCGACCUCCAGAAUAUCCUGGUAGAUGAAGAUGGUAAUGUGACUGGCAUUAUCGACUGGGAUGCUUGCGCAGCGGUGCCGCGCUGCACUGGCUACGCGUCCAUGCCUACCUUUCUUCGUCGCGACUGGCUCCCAGACUACGGCCUAGGUCGGCUGCCACAUAUGACUUGGGCCAUCGAGCGCUACCGCGAGAUAUACACCCAGGCUAUGAAGGAGUUCUGUCAGCCUUCGGAUGUAAACUUUACGCGCAAGUCCGCGAUGUAUCAGCUGGUGUUAGCGGCCUUGGAUAAAGACUUUCGGUGUAGGGAUGUUGUGACGCUGCUGCUGAGGGAAAUGCCUGAGUACAGACGCGUUGAUGUGAAUUCGUUUUGUCGGAGGCUGGGGCAGGGUUGGCCGGCAGCUGAAAAGGCGUUGAGAAUGAAGAUGGCGGAGUUGUUGAAGCCGGAGUGA